AAAAUGACAGUUGAUCUGUGAAUGCCGCACGGAGCACACGUGUCUAACAUUUGUGUUAAAUAAGCCGCGGGAAUAUUUUGUGAAAUAAUUGGAGAAAGUGACUAUUUACUGGUGAUGUCAGUAACAUCGAGGUAUAUUAUUAGACUUUUAUUUUUAACGUUAAUUUUUUACACGCUAAACAGUGUGUUGAAAGAAAUUAAGCGGUAUUUGAUGGGAUCUCAAUAGGAUAUUUUGGAUUCAGUUCAACGAUCUGCAAACGUUGUACAAAAUGGAGGACGCGGUUAACAUGACCGAAGACAUCAGUAAGCAGAUUGAGCCUAGCGAACUUUCAAAAUUUUCCCCCGGCCUCCUGACAUUCGCAGCUAUAGUUACGGGCUUCAUCAUGGUGAUAGGGUUGUUCGGCAACCUGCUCACUGUGGUAGCUCUGCUCAAGUGCCCCAAAGUACGCAAUGUCGCUGCUGCUUUUAUUAUCAGUUUAUGCAUAGCGGACUUCCUAUUCUGCGCCAUGGUGCUCCCGUUCGCCAUAUCGGGAUUCUGGACUCGGACCUGGUCUCAUGGGGGCGCAUUGUGCAAGCUGGUACCGUUCCUGCGGUACGGGAAUGUCGGAGUGUCCCUGUUGAGCAUCGCCCUCAUAACCUUGAACAGGUAUAUAAUGAUAGCCCACCACAGCUGGUACGGGCGAGUGUACCACAAGUACAACAUAGCGCUAAUGAUCGUGUUCUCGUGGAUGUUCUCGUACGGAAUGCAGAUACCCACCCUUGUCGGAGUAUGGGGUAAAUUCGACUACGACCCAGAACUGGGCACCUGUUCGAUCAUGCCAGACGGGAAUAACCGAACGUCCAAGACUGCGUUGUUUGUGAUAGCCUUCAUUGUGCCAGCACUUCUGAUCUUCAUCUGCUAUGCCAGGAUCUUCUGGGUUGUACACAGCUCAGAGCAGCGCAUGCGCGAGCAUCAAAGAUCCCAGCACGCCAGUCCCGGUUCCCUCAACCACGACAAGAGGUCCACCAUCAAAGACAAUCGGGAAACGAAAGCGCGAAGAAACGAGUGGAGAAUCACCAAGAUGGUGCUGGCCAUCUUCUUGUCGUUCCUGGUGUGCUACCUGCCUAUCACCAUCGCUAAGGUCGCCGAUAGCCAUGUACAUUAUCCCAUAUUCCACAUCGCGGGAUACCUGCUGCUCUACGCGAGCGCGUGCGUGAACCCGAUCAUCUACGUGAUCAUGAACGCGCAGUACCGUGCUGCGUACGCGGCCGCUCUGUGCUGCCCGCUCUCCAGACUAACAGGGCUCACCAGCGAAAUGGAACGAGCGUCACGGGUACAGCUACAGCAACACACGAACGGCGCUCAGCCAAGUCUCUCUGGGGGAAUCCCGCCCCGACUCCCGGGGCUUCCCCCCACCAGCCCUCGGAAGGUAGACCCUCAGAAGUACAAGGGGCAAAAGGACCUCAAAACCAUGUCUUUAAAGACAAUAAACACGGAAACUCAAAGAAAUAUGGGGUCAAAAUCAAUUUCGCUGCAGCAUAUUACUUCUGGGUCAGGCCAAUCCACUCCAAAAAGUGGCUUCAGAUCAGGCUCGUCGCCAAGUGUUGGAAAAGUCACAAGAUUUCAAUUAGAUAAUGUAGAAAAAAAAGACAGAAAGACGAAGAUGUAGCGACUUAUCGCUCGUUAGUAAGACGUAAGACUAUAUUUUACCAAAAAGUAUUUGUAUAUAAAACCAUAGGUAUAAUAUACUGUGGACUGAGCUAUGAAAAUAUAGCACAAUUUAUCAUUAUACUUGAAAUGAUUUUAGAUAUAAUAUCACGUUUAGAUAUCCUGCGGUGUAGACAGAAACCAACAGAUGGCCAAGUGUCAGACUCGAGCUUAGCUAAGACUUUUGUACCAAUCUCAAUUUCCAUCUACUUAUUUGCACGUACUUUUAAUCGUUAGUAAUUUAACUAAUAUCCGUCCUGAUAACGAGCGAUAAGUAUCUACUCAUUUAAUAUAAAUUGUAAAUAUAUAGAUUAGUAUAUCAAUAAGUAAAUAUCUGUAUUACACGUGCAUUUACUGUACUAAGGUAUUUAUUAGUCAAACGGUUGUAUAAAAAUGUAAACGUUAUGUAAAAUUCAAAAAACUGUAACAAAACAAUAUUCUACUGCCGGCAUCAAAAUACCUACCUAUAUUCAUAUUAGGACACAUUCAUAUCGAAUUAGUAAGUUAGUGCACCAUGACAAACCCGCAGUCGUGGGACUGUGGAUAUGUUAUUAAUCCAAUAUGGCCAUCAACCUACCUAUUUAGUUAAUCUUACUCAUUAAAACAUUCCGUCGUAGGCAAUGGUCGUAGGUAUUUUUUGUAUUAUAAGUAUAAAAAGGAUACUACCAAUCCCAUAACUUUAUAAUUAAGUUUCUAAACAUUCCACAAUUUUACAUGUAAGCACCGAUGUGUCGUGCUUUUUUGCCAAAGAUGAAAUCCAUCUACGUAUUUCCGAUAUAUAGAACCUACCCAAAACAUGGCGAGAAUAAAGAUCGGUAUACAUAUAUUAUUCUAAAUAUAUUUUUUGCUUUGGAAAAUACAUACAACCAACAGUGAUAUCUCAGUCUAUGUCUACGUGUUAUAUCUUUUUAACAGUCAUUUGAAUUUCAGAAAUAUAAUUUCAUCUAAAAUAUAAAAUAUUUAAAUACUAUGAAUUUUACCAAAAUGCCAUAAUAAUUAUAAGAUUAUAAAAUGUUAUUGAAAUAAUUUGGUAAUUAAUUCAAUAUUUAAGAAUUAUUUUAAUUUAAUCAUGCCAGGUAUUUAUUUAUAUUUUAAACUGUUGACAAUAAAGUUUGUUACGAAAUAAACGAAUGAGAAUCAAA